AAUUUAUUGACAUUGUUUUUCUUACACGUCAUUUGGAGGAAAACACCAAAUUCUCUGUAAGUUUAUUAGUGCUCAAGAAAUAGUAAAAUUUCUUUAAUCUACCAUCAAAAUGAGUAAACCACUGCAAAGUGAAGAAGACACCAACUCGACGCUAUUUUAUGCUCGCAAUGAGUACUACAUCGGUAAUUUUAUGGGUUCCAUAAACUUUGUGCUACCAGAGCAGGGCACUGCCACAACAGAUCUGCUUUCCUAUAUGUAUCUAUCGUAUUUGGCCAUUGACUCUGGACGGCUCAUUGCUAGCGAUAUCAAGGAGAAUAAUAGUACCGCACUAUUAGCAUUACGAUAUGUGAAUGAAGCUUUUGAGCAACCAUCCAAAAUCGAAAGCAUAUUGGAGAAGCUAACCGAUAAAGUUGCUAGUGAGGAGGAUGAAACCAAUAUUUGGCAUAUUGCCACUGCAAUUGUCUACUGUUAUGAUGGGCAAUUUGAGAAUGCUUUAAAAAUUUUACACGGCUCAACGAAUCUCGAGUCCAUGGCUUUAUCUGUGCAGUGCUUGUUGCGUUUGAACCGCAUCGAUUUGGCUAAGCAAUUAGUUGCUAAAAUGCAAGAAAUUUCGGAUGAUGCUACAUUAACGCAGUUAGCACAAGCGUGGGUAGCGUUGAGUCUUGGUACUGAGCAAAUGCAAGAUGCAUUCCAUAUUUUUCAAGAGUUUUGUGAGAAACACAAUCCCACACCAUUACUUUUGAAUGGACAAGCUGUUGUACAUUUAGGUUUGGAACGUUAUGAAGAAGCAGAAGCUGUUCUACGUGAUGCAUUAACUAAAAAACACAAUGAUUAUGACACACUGAUUAAUAUGAUGGUAUUAGCACACUUGACCGGCAAGUCGCAUGAAGCAAUUGCACGCUAUUGGGAACAAUUAAAGCAAUUUCAUCCAAAAAGUGAAUUUGUUGCUGAUUUGGAAAAGAAAUCAACCGAAUUUGAUAAGCUUUGCCUGCAAUAUUCAUUGACUGCUGAUGAAGCUGUACAAGUAUGAAUACACGUUUAGAUUUAUAAAUUACAUUAUAUUAUACACUCUAUUCAAACUUAUAUACAAUUGAAAUAAAAGUAAAUAUAAAUACCGAA